UCGCGUGCCAAUCCAAAGCUCUUGCGCUGGCCGCGCUCUCGCGGAUUGGCGACGAGGUUUUGGUUAGAUUUCGUGCGUUUCGGAUUCUAGGGUUUUUGGAUUCUCGCGGCCGCUUGCUGUGCGCAAACCAAGAUCUUCCAAUAAGUCGAGAAACAUGGCGGCCGGAGCACUUUCUCAGUCUCCAGCCCUGUCGGCUGGGAUUCGCAGCGUUCCCGCAAGCCGGCAACAAAAAUCCAGUAGAACAAGAAGAGGUACUGUGAGUAUGAUAAGAGGCUCGAAUCAUGGCCAAGUCCGAGCAGCCUUUAUCACGAGAACGAGGACGCUACAAACGUAUGUCGGCAUGCGAAAGCCAAGUCCCUUGGAUUCUCUAGCAACGAGAACUUGCAAGGAUUGGAACUCAGUGGUUUCAAGUGUUUCCACCAGCGGGGGAAGAGGUGCUUCUCGUGGUGUGGUUGUCGCUAUGUUCGAGCGCUUCACCGAGAAAGCCAUCAAAGUUAUCAUGCUGGCACAGGAGGAGGCUCGCAGGCUGGGACACAAUUUUGUAGGCACUGAACAGAUUCUUCUGGGUCUUAUCGGAGAAGGGACCGGUAUCGCUGCCAAGGUUUUGAAGUCCAUGGGAGUUAAUCUCAAGGAAGCUCGGGUGGAGGUUGAGAAGAUUAUUGGAAGGGGAAGUGGUUUUGUUGCCGUGGAGAUUCCUUUCACUCCUCGCGCAAAGCGUGUAUUGGAGCUUUCUCUCGAAGAAGCACGCCAGCUGGGACACAAUUACAUCGGGUCGGAGCAUUUGCUUCUUGGACUUUUGCGAGAAGGAGAAGGUGUGGCAGCUCGUGUGCUUGAAAACCUGGGAGCUGAUCCUGGAAACAUUCGGACGCAGGUUAUUCGAAUGGUCGGAGAGAGCACAGAGGCUGUUGGUGCGAGUGUCGGCGGAGGUAGCAGUAGCAACAAGAUGCCAACGUUGGAGGAGUAUGGCACGAACUUGACAAAACUAGCAGAAGAAGGUAAACUAGAUCCCGUGGUGGGAAGGCAGCAACAAAUUGAGCGUGUUACACAAAUUCUUGGUCGUCGGACGAAGAACAAUCCUUGUUUGAUUGGAGAACCUGGCGUUGGAAAGACUGCAAUUGCAGAAGGUCUUGCGCAGCGAAUUGCGACAGGAGACGUUCCUGAAACUAUUGAAGGGAAAAAGGUCGUUACAUUAGACAUGGGACUGCUUGUCGCCGGGACAAAGUACCGUGGAGAAUUUGAAGAGCGUCUGAAGAAACUCAUGGAAGAAAUUAAGCAAUCCGAUGACAUUAUUCUUGUUAUCGAUGAGGUGCAUACUUUGAUUGGAGCUGGCGCUGCUGAAGGAGCCAUCGAUGCGGCCAAUAUUUUGAAGCCUGCUCUUGCUCGUGGCGAACUUCAGUGCAUUGGUGCUACGACCAUUGACGAGUACAGGAAACAUAUAGAGAAGGAUCCCGCCCUGGAAAGACGAUUCCAGCCAGUUAAUGUGCCGGAGCCCACCGUCGACGAAACCAUUCAAAUUCUCAAAGGACUGCGAGAGCGAUAUGAAAUCCAUCACAAGCUACGGUACACAGAUGAGGCGCUUGUCGCUGCUGCUCAGCUGUCUUACCAGUAUAUCAGCGACCGUUUCCUUCCGGACAAGGCCAUUGAUCUUAUCGACGAAGCUGGUUCUCGCGUCCGACUGAGACACGCACAGCUGCCUGAAGAAGCCAGAGAUCUUGACAAGGAACUCAGGCAGAUCACCAAAGAGAAAAACGAAGCUGUGCGUGGACAAGACUUUGAGAAGGCUGGCGAGCUGAGAGAUCGCGAGAUGGAGCUCAAGGCACAGAUCUCAGCCAUCACCGAGAAAGGAAAAGAGAAGUCCAAGGCAGAAACCGAAGCCGGCGAAACAGGUCCCUUGGUCACAGAGGCCGAUAUCCAGCAGAUAGUGUCAGCAUGGACAGGCAUUCCCGUGGAGAAAGUCUCAACCGACGAGUCGGACAGGCUGAUGAAAAUGGAGGAGACGCUCCACCAGCGCGUCAUUGGACAGGACGAGGCAGUGAAGGCGAUCAGCCGAGCCAUCCGCCGCGCUCGCGUCGGCCUCAAGAACCCGAACCGUCCCAUUGCAAGCUUCAUUUUCUCCGGUCCUACCGGUGUUGGAAAGUCGGAGCUCGCAAAGGCCCUGGCGGCGUACUACUUCGGCUCGGAGGAGGCCAUGGUCAGGCUCGACAUGAGCGAGUUCAUGGAAAGACACACGGUGUCAAAGCUCAUCGGCUCGCCUCCGGGAUACGUUGGCUACACAGAGGGAGGCCAGCUCACAGAGGCCGUGAGGAGGCGUCCUUACACCGUGGUGCUGUUCGACGAGAUCGAGAAAGCUCACCCGGACGUGUUCAACAUGAUGCUCCAGAUCCUCGAGGACGGGAGGCUCACGGACAGCAAGGGACGAACGGUGGACUUCAAGAACACGCUGCUGAUCAUGACCUCCAACGUGGGAAGCAGCGUGAUCGAGAAGGGUGGCGGCGGCAUUGGCUUCCAGCUCGACUACGGCGAGAAGGACAGCAGCUACAACCGGAUCAAGACGCUGGUGAACGAGGAGCUCAAGCAGUACUUCAGGCCCGAGUUUUUGAACCGUCUGGACGAGAUCAUCGUGUUUAGGCAGCUGACCAAGACGGAGGUGAAGGAGAUUGCGGAUAUCAUGCUCAAGGAGGUGUUUGAGCGGCUCAAGAAGAAGGAGAUCGAUCUCCAGGUGACGGAGAGGUUUAGAGACCGGGUGGUGGACGAGGGAUAUAGCCCGAGCUAUGGAGCUCGGCCGCUGCGAAGGGCGAUCAUGAGGCUUCUCGAGGAUAGCAUGGCCGAGAGGAUGCUGUCCGGGGAGGUGAAAGAGGGCGAUUCGGCGAUCAUAGAUGUGGACUCUGAAGGAAACGUGACGGUGCUGAACGGAACUGCUGGAACCGCAUCGAGCUCGAGCAUUGAAGCUCCUGCUGGAGUUGCUUAAAACUCUCCCUUUUUUUUUCUUUUUUCUUCUUUUUCCCUUUUUAGCCAGAUCCCUUGGAAGUGGGAGAAGUGUAUAAACAGUAUUACUAUUAUUAUUGGCAAUUGCAGUAAAAACCAAGUAGAAUGGUCUAUAAAAUCAAUUGGUCUUUCUA